AUGGCGGCGGAGGGGCAGGCCGGGCAGGAGGAGGAGCAGGGUAGGCAGCAGGACAAGGAAGGAGAUGAAGUCCGGGACAAGGAAGGAGAUAAAGUCCGGGACAAGGUAGGAGAUGAAGUCCGGGACAAGGAAGAAGAUGAAGUCCCCCCCCGAAUGCUGUGGGAAAGUAUCAUCAAUACCAUCAUGGAGCAGAAAGUAUCCCGUGUGAACGGCAAGGACUGGGCUGAAAAGGACCCAUGCUGCCAUGUCGAUGACAGCGCUUCCGGCGAGGAGGACCUUGACAACAAUAUCAUAUCCUUCUGCAACAAAGACCAAAGGCUGGACCAUUUGAUCAUCUACUGCUGUGUCUACUUUCUGAAUGCCUACGAGGAGAAUGAUUCGGCAGUCCGCCAGCAACUGCUGAAGAAAGGAAGGUUUAUCUUAAAAACGCUCGUCUCGAAAAAUAGAGAACUUCCCUAUGAAGCAUUUCGCUCCGAUUUGAAAGUGAUCGAAAGCAUCACCAACCAAAAGCCAAAAGUCUACAACGAUUUCGAAGGAGCAUCGCUCAUACACAUCGUCGUCUUCUACAACGACCUCGAGACCCUGAAGGUGUUCCUGGAGGCUCACAGGCAAGCUAACGCUGGGGAAGGCAAGAAAAAGUUCUUUCACUACUGGGGUACAACGCCGCUGAUGAUCGCCGUUGCCAAGGGCAACCUCAAGAUCUGCUCGAUGCUAGCUGAACGCAUCUAUGAGUCCCAGGGCGUUUUCGAAACUGACCAGUAUGACAACAACCCGUUCCACAUGGCAGCGCUGCAUGGGCGGAUGGAGAUCUUCGAAUGGCUCUGCCUGUUCAUCCGGCACCACAGUAGGAAGGAGAAAACAAGUGCCGAGCACGACUCCUGCCAGUACCACGAUGCGAACAAGGACAUGGAAAUGCUCGAACAGUACAUGCUCAAAAAGAACAAAUUUGGAUUCACCCCGUUGACUCUCGCUGUCCGCGUGGGCAACUUGGAGAUGUUUCAGUACAUCCGCCAACGCUGCUUCCAAUACGACUCGUGGAAGUACUCCAACAAGCAGCACGUCUACCUUUCCCUCUCCCAGAUCGACACCUUCCGCAUCCAUUCCGACGAAUCCAACCACAUGCUGGCGGAACUGCACAAGGGCCACUGGAGGAGCGCGAUCGAGAUCUACGUCAACCAUGAGCUGCAGUCUCUGUGUGCGGACGAGCUGAUGCAGGAAUUGAUUGAGGACAAGUGGAAAUCCCACAUCUGUUGGUUUUUUGUGAUGUUCUCCCUCGUCCCUGCCUUCUUGUUCUACAUGCUGCUGAUCGCGAACGUUUUCGUCCGUUGCAUUGAGCUGGACUUUUGGAACGGCAAGACUUACUCAUCGAGCAGCCCGCCGCCCUUCACAAAAGGCUUCAGCGCUGGCUCUUCCAGGAUGGAGAAGGUAUCAGUCGCGCUCGAAGUCUUCACCCUCUUCUGCAACCUCCUCUUCCUCUACGCAAGCUUCAAAUGCUGCCGGUGGAAGCAGCACGACUGGGACCCCUCGAGCUUCAACAGCGUCUUGGGCUGGGGCAAGAAGUCGCACCACCACUACACGAAGCGCCUCAUUCAGUUCAUCCUGAAGAAUCUCAACUCCAUCCUGGGCUUCAUCAUCGGCCUCUGCGUCAAGUCAGCGUUCGCCUGCCGCCUGGCUGGCUCGAUGAUGUUCGAGCUGAAUCUCAACGCAAUCUCCCUGGUCCUCUACUCCUACUACCUCUUCGUCCUCUGCCUUCCCUUCAAGCAGCUGGGCAUCCUGUCGAUCUUGCUCUUCAAGGUCCUCAUGCAAAGCGUCUUCCUGUGGGCUGUCGUGUAUAUCAUCGUCCUCCUGGCCUUUUCCUCCGCGAUGCACACGACCUACAAGGAUGCCAAGAUCGCUCAGCCCAUCCCCGACACCAACUUCACCUUCCAGAACAACUUUGGCAUCAACGUCGCGAGCCUCCUCUGGGUCUCCUUCGGGGAGGUGGACAACCGGGGCUUCAUCUACGCGUCGGAGAACUCGCAGAUCGCCAUGAUCCUCAACAUCGUGUGGGCUGUCUUCUCUUGCAUCCUCGUCCUCAACUUUCUCAUCGCCAUCGUCUCGAGGUUCUUCGACUUGAAGCAGCAGGACGCUGUGCUCACCUGGUCAAUCUUCUUCGCCUACACAGUCAUCCGCUAUGAGAGGAUCUACAACAAGUUUGCCAAAAAGCACUUGCCCUUCUUUCCCGAGAAACGUACCGGGCAGAAGUACCCUCAAACUAGCAAAAAGAAAAUGGCCAGCUUUCGGUCUGCUGGAGCGGGAAGUCUAGGAAAAGGACGAGGAAAAAGUCUGGUUGGAGGAGGAGGAGGAGGAGGUGGUGGUGGUGGUGCAAGAGCAGGAGAUGGAGGAGGAGAUGGAACAGGAGCAGGAACAGGAACAGGAUUGACUGAGAUGAAUCAGAAAAUUUUUGAAGCUGAUAUCUGCCGGAGUGAGGACUUCUUCUGGGAGUUCGUCUCGGACUGGCACACGGGGCUCAGCAUCUUGUUCGAAUCCAUGGUGAGGGUCAGCAGCAGUGACCUCCUUCCUUUCUCAGCAUCAGCCAAGCAUCACUACCUGGAUAAGAUGGAGGACACGAUAAACAAGAUUUUUGAGUCCUGCGACACCAGAACGAGGGACGGGCUUGAGAAGCUGGCAAAGACGCUGCUUGUCAAGUGCUCGCAGCCCGGCGAACCCAACAGGCACUCCCAUCAGACUCCGCUGGACCUGGAGGCGUGCGAGAUGAGUGUCGGCGAGCACAUGAUCUCCUACGAGGCAUUGAAGGCAGCUGCUGUCAAACUUGAGGAGAAACAGGUCUACCCACAGUCUCCCGACCCCGAGGUAGGGGACGGGGGACCGGUGGAGGCUGAAGGCGGCAGACUCGACUACCAGCUCUUCACCGACGUUCUCAUCUGCUUCGCCCACUUCCUCGAGGUCACCACUGCCUGCAUCCUGCGAUCCGCAAACAACGUCGCGAAGACGGACGGGGUCAAACAGGUGUCGAAGCCUCACGUGGAGCUCGGGAUUACCCUCUUCGAGGAGAUGUUCAAGAGCGAGCAGGAGCGAACGCUGACGCUAGUUGAGAGCAUGCUGGUGGGGCAGGGCAAAGUGAAAAGGCCUGAAGCAUCCCUUUGUGUCACCAGCGGUAUCAGAGCAGAAGGUGCUGGCAGAAGUCACAGGAAGGAAGAAGGGUUAAGGGAGGACGGUGGGCCGGCCAUGAUAGAUGCUCCGUCCUCGGUGGGUCAUGCACCGGCGCCGAGUCUCCAAGGCAGCACGGAGAGCAGUUCGGCUGGUCAGCCCGACAAGAGACAAGGAGCAGCGGCUGGUCAGCUGAGCAUCGACGCGCGUACAAUUGUUGGAAGCGCCAUAGCGAAGACGGGGAGGAUGCUGAAGCUACAGCCUAUUGAUAAGAAGCACGAAAAGUACCGGGCCCCUGACGUCAAGAAGCCCAUCUGA